AUGUUUGUUUGCGGAAUAAGACCAGGUUCUAGCGAUGAAGAAGAGGAAGAAGAUGUUAUGGAUAUUCUACAGAAAAGGCGAGAAGAAUGCGAGCGCAAGGCGAGACGAGGGGAAAUGGACCCUCGAUUAGAGUUCACCUUCCAACUCUUAAUAGACGGUACAGGACUCCCUCGACAUGCCAUAAUGGAUCACGUGUUCGAAGGAAACAUGCUUGAUGACAUCAAUCAGCUGUUUUUACCUCAUAUGAGGAAUAAAUUACUGUGGUACUACCAAGAUGUUGAGGAAGUGGAGCAGCGCCCUGUGGCCGAAGGAUCGAAAUCAAGACAGCAAGCGCAAGGAAAACAGCCGCCGCCUCAAAUUACGUUGAAAAGGAAAUUGUUUCUAUCUGAUGGUUGGGAUGUAAAGUUUACAGGAGUUUGUAUAUAUAUGUUUCGAAUUAAUGUUAGCAAACAACUACCAGAAGAAGGAUUUCAUAAAGACUUGUUUUGUGGUAUUUUAAAUGCGGAUAAAGUUGGCUUAGUAACAGCUAUAGAACGCGUUAUGGAAUACGUAUAUAUGAAUGCUCUGGCACAUCCUAGCAUUUGUGAAGAAGUCUGCAAUCAAGUCAACCUAUUUGAUGACGGACAAGCUCUAAUGGCAAACUUAAACGAUGACAAUGAACUAAAGGAUAUGAUCAAAAAUCCUACAACAGUCACUAAUUUAGAAGAAAGAGUUAAUGAAUGGAUUAAAAAAAUAAUGGAGAUACUAAGUGAAAGUGAACAGCUGCGUCGAGAAGUUGACUCAAGUGGACCUCAAGAUGAACUCGAGUACUGGAAAAAGAGAGGAGCACAAUUCUCUCAACUAGUUUCUUACUUGCAGAAUAAUGAAGUUCAAUUAACUUUGACCUGUCUUCAAUUGGCUAAUUCAAAAAUAAUUAAGAUGUGGCGGGAUACGGAUCAUAAAAUAACCUUUUGCUAUAACGAAGCCAAAGAUAAUGCCAAAUUCAUACAAGCAAUGGAGAAAUGCUGUCAUUCCUUAUAUUUAGAUGAUCCUGUUAAAAUCAAAGAUUCCAUACUGAGUUUGUUACAAACAGUCAGAUUGAUUCAUAGUGUUUCACAGUUUUAUAAUACGUCCGAAAGAAUAUCAUCUUUAAUGGUCAAAAUAACAAAUCAAAUGAUCGAAACUUGCAAACAAUACAUAACGUGCCGCUUCAAAGAAACCAUAUGGUCACAAGAUCGGGAUCACGUUAGAGAAAAGUUGAUACAUUGCAUAAAUCUGAACAAAACGUAUAGAGAUACUUACAUAUUUGUGAAGAACCAACCAUUUCUGCCCAAUACUGAGCAGUUCAGCUUUUCAGAAAAUUAUGUGUUUGGUAAAUUUGAUACAUUUUGCAAAAGACUUAAUAAAAUUAUUUCUAUGUUCGAUUUAAUGGACGACUACAAUCAUUUGUUCGAAAAAAGAAUGGAAGGCUUACUUUUGGGAGAAGACUUAGAAGAUGCAAUGCAUGCAUUUAACGAGGCUAAGAAAGCGGUGACGUCAUGCCAUUAUGAUUAUUUAGACUAUAGGAAUAAUGAGUUUGACAAAGACUACCAAAAGUUCGAGCAAAAAACCAACUCUCUUCGGGAGUCCAUAGGUAACACCAUUGAAGUUAACUUCGCUAGUGUUUGGGAAACGCCACAAGGAAUUAAGUUCCUCACAAGAUUCGAGAAGGUCAGUCAAAAAAUUCAAAUAGCAAAACUUAGUGAAAAAUACGACAGAGUACUAAAAUACAGUGAAAAGGAAGUUGACAAAAUAAUGAAAAUGUUUAAGAGGCAAAAGGAUGACCCUCCUCUGCCCAGAAAUUAUUCUCCUGUAGCUGGUCGUAUUAAAUGGGCGCGCUGCCUCAUGUACAAUAUGACUGAGACCGUGGACAGUGUGUGCGCGCACGCUGUACUUCGCUCACUGCCCGCUGCCGCGGACAUGAUGCGGAAGUACACCGCCACGCGUACCCUCAUCACUAACUACGAGGAGACCAUGAGGGCCGUUUGGAUGAACCAGAACUUGUGGGACGUCGAUGACAGCCUGAACAAUACACUCUUAAAGAUAGACGACUCUGGCUGUAUAACAGUAAACUUAGACCAUACAAUCAGAUUAUUAAUACGAGAGUCAGAUUGUCUCGUUAAAAUGGGCUUAGAACUUCCCAUCGUGUGCCAUUCUCUAUACGCAAAGAAAAAUUACUUUACUCUUGUUAACGAUUCCUUACAAUUUCUUCUUGAAGACUACUUACGAACGGUUCGGCAAGUCAAGUUAGAAGUCCGACCAUUGCUUUUGCCUCAAGUGGUUCGUCUGUCAUCUCUCUUAUUGCCUGGUCUUCGCACUGUCUUUUGGACGAGUGAGGAUUGGAAGGCAUUCGUUGAUCGUGCAAAUGCAGCCAUUAACAGCUUUGACGUUCUAGUCACGAGAGUCCAUGAUAUAUACACUAACAGAAUUAUUUAUAUGUUGAGUGGUAUGCAAGAGGUUACGCUGAUUACUUUACCAGAAGAAAUGCCAUGGUCUAUGGAGGAGUUUAUCGCAAAUGUUGAAAUUGGAUGUCGAACCGCGUGCGUCGAACUCAAUCGAAAAAGUCUCAUGGUAGAAGAGGCUGUGGAAGAAGUGCUUGAUCUUGUUAGAAAAGCCGCGCACCAAGUAAAACCAACAGAGGUUAACCCGGACUUUGAGUUUCUUAUUGCUGAUGAUGACACGCAAUCUGCCAGCGGCGCAGCGUCCACCAUGAAUGAGUCCACGGCCAGCGGACAACAAGACUGGUCCGCAGUAUGGGAGUGUUUUGAAAGCCCUCACCGUUUAAUCUCUGUGCCCGCCGGCGGACUUUCCAAGAACAUGCAGGAAAUGGUUAAGAACGCAGUGAAUGAGAUGCGCCGCUACUACAGCCGCAAGGUAGUCGAUGUUCUCAUCAAAGUGACGAGGCGCGCUCUGGAUCUCAUCAUAAAGCAUUUCUCGCAAGACAUCGAACACGUCGGUAAGUCUUAG